UUUCUCUGCGGCCCCGGGGCCUGCAGCACAGCCCGGCCGGAGCACUGCUUCUCGGUCUGUCCAGGCCGGCUCUGAACGGAGCAGCCGUCUCUUCCCGCCCCCGAGGGAGGCUGGGAACAGGCCCUGGGCCCCUGGAGAUGCCGGCUCUCGGCUCUCACUCGGCUCGUAGUGAUGCAGACGGUGCUGGAGCCGGGCCUCUGGCAGUGGUAGAGAUACACCGUGCUAACGCAUGAACAACCAGGCCUUCCUUACUCACCUGCCACCCCCGCCCCCAAUUAGCAAUCGAAAAUGAUGCUGAACAUUUUGGUUAAAAGGAAAACAAACCAACAAAAAUCCUUCUGACUUCCCCAGACACAGGAUGUGUCUUAUUUAGGGGGUGGUAUGCAAGUCAGUACAGUGUGCGAGUUGCAGAUUUGGUGAGGCACACAUGCUUAGGAAAGCAGUAAUGGUUAUUUCCUGCUUAUACCCAGCAAAGAAAUGGAUUUAGAAGAGCACCGCAGAAGAUUAAACCUCAAAGUCCAGACGAAGGAAUGGGCUCCAAGCCAUACCGAAAUAAGCUGUUUCCUCCAGUGGAGGAACUAGUCUCUUAUACAGCUUCCUCUUUUCCAAAGCGACUAGUGAAGCCAUUCUUUUUUACAGUUGGGUUUACAGGCUGUGCGUUUGGAUCAGCUGCUAUUUGGCAGUAUGAAUCCCUGAAAUCCAAGGUCCAGAGCUACUUUGGGGAUGUUCACGCUGAUUGGAUGGAUAAGUUUCGACCUCAAAAACAGGGGAACUUAAGAAAGCAGGUUAACAAGUGGUGGAAUAGCCUGAGUGAGGGUCAGCGGACUGUGACAGGUAUUAUAGCUGCAAACAUCUUUGUAUUCUGUUUAUGGAAAAUACCUGCUAUGCAGCGGAUUAUGUCUACAUAUUUCACAUCUACUCCUGCCUGUAGAAUCAUUUGUGCUCCCUUGCUUCUGUCUUCAUUUAGUCAUUUCUCUGCCUGGCACCUGGCAUUAAACAUGUAUGUUUUGUGGACUUUUUCAUCUAGUAGUGUGUCUUUUUGGGGACAGGAGCAGUUCAUGGCAGUGUACCUUUCUGCAGGUGUUUUCUCCUCUUUUGUCAGUUAUGUCAGUAAAAUGGUCACUGGAAGAUUUGACCCAUCCCUUGGAGCAUCAGGAGCAAUAAUGACUGUGCUUGCUGCAGUAUGUACAAAGAUGCCAGAAGUACAACUAGCCAUCGUAUUUCUUCCAAUGUUCACAUUUACAGCAGGAAAUGCUUUAAAAGCCGUUAUUGCAAUGGAUACUGCAGGGCUUGUUCUGGGCUGGAGACUUUUUGACCAUGCAGCACAUCUUGGGGGAGCAUUGUUUGGUGUGCAGGAAUAUCGUCCAUGGACUGGAGCAAAACCAUCAAAGCCUAUAAAGACAAAGCAAGGCUUCAUCAUUCCAGAAGAUCACUUUGUGCAAGAGACAAGCUACAGGGCAGAUUUUAAGAUUUAAAAUCUCAACCUUAACAUUAGUUGUGCACCACCAACCCCCAAUUGCAACUGGGCAGAAAGACUUCAAUAUCAAGCAAUACCGACACAGAGAAGAGUGCUGAACAACUGCAGUAAUUGGGACUGACCCCUAUACGGUUAUGAAAACCCAGUUGAUUAGUAACCUCCCAAAAUAUAUUCCCUGGGCUUUUCUUCCAGUGAAAGAGACACUUGUUCAUGACAGAUGAGCACAAAUCUCCUUGCUGACAAAGCACUAUUAAGGAAUCCUGGAAAAUUAACAGGUAGAAAUUCUUGCUUCCUUCAGUCAUUUUCCCCAGUUCAAGGCCAGCAGUGUCUCAGAACGGAUUACAAGUGAACUAUAUCUUGCUCAGCAGUGUCUACAGUGCCAGAAGGCAUUAAAACCCCCAAGGCUACAGUACUUCAAAACCAGGCAUGAAGUUGACCACAAAUUGCACAAACGAACUCAAACAGCAGUGGGGCACAACCUAACAAGGAAGAGAGACUUGCCUUUUCCAGGGGCAAAUCUACUUUCAAGUCAAGGUCCCCUCCCACCCUUGCUUUGAAGGCUGUGGGAAAUAUUUCAUCUGGUUUCUGUAGUACAUCAAAAUAGUAAGAACUAGUGACACCCAUGAAAAUGACAGUGUGAAGGCUGGUAACCCCUAUUCACAGAUGUCAGAAACAGAAGCAACUUUUUCAGCUUAAUAAAAAGUCCCUGCCCUGUCCAUACCCUGAAAGAAGCUGCAACAGCUAGAACUACAACCCAACAAAUUUUACAAAAGAAAAACCAGGUUUCAGAAAUGUGUUCUAUAUCUUCUUUCCCCAGCUGUUCAGCUCUGUAUUUAUAAAGUAUCCAAUGCUGUAACAUUAAAAUAUUACAGUCAUGGGCCAUAAAUCUGAGACACUGGCUAGGCAACUAAAACACAGAAGAAACUGACUGACGUGAUGAGUGCCAACAAAAGAGUGAAGCAGGGCUUACCAUAUUUACUCAAAUCUAAGGCUAUCCUGAAUUUAAGAUGACCCCCCCAGUAAUAAGAUUCUAUAUAUGGAAAACUGAUACAUUUCUUAUAACUUUCCAGGUACAGAAUCUAAGUAUUGGAGUGUUGUCUUGAAUUAGUCCUCCACCUCCCAUACUGCUACAGCAGGAAAACAGUGCCUGAAGGGGUCACGUAGUCCCCUUCUUCCCCCUGUAGCUUUUCUGCACCCCGUCCCCCAGCUCCCCACACCCUCUGCAUCUUCUCCUUCCACUCUCCCAUCUCUGCCUCUUCCCUCCCUGCCCUUACUGUCAGAUGCUAUUUGGGCUCUGUUCCUGCUCUGGAGCACAGCACAGGCCUUGCCAGGCCAUGCAGCAGUGUUUGCACUUCUGACUGGCUUGGCAGAGGACAGAGUUUCCGCGUGCUCUGUGCCUGGGAGGAAAUCCAGCCUGAGCUGGAGCCAAGCUGUGCUCGACAGUAAAGUGGGGAAAGAUGCAGAGGGAGGGGCAUCUGCUGCAGAGGGCAAGUGGAGUGGGGCGGGGGGACAUGCAGCUACUGUGGGUCUGACUGGCCCCAACCUGAGCUCAGGGCAAGAGUCAGAGCUGCAGCAGCCACAUGCCCCAACCCCCUCCUUCCCCUGUAAUUUUGUUGGUGAAUCUAAGACAAGGGCCUUUCCCCACCAUGCUGAUUCAGGGGGGAAACCUUGCUUUAAAUUCGAAUAAAUAUGGUAUUUCUGUUCUGUUGAGUCCACCUUCAUCCUGAUACCAGAAUACCUUAAAACAAAGUGGAGGAUGCAAGCUGAUUUCUGUAAUGCUCUUUCUUCCCUUCCUCUCACUUGGUCAGGAUAGUGAAGGAAGCAAGAUGAAGACAUGGCUGACAAAUGCAGUAACCAAACUCCAAGUCAUAAAAACACUUGAGUCCUAUAAUGUACUUUUUGUAGUGGUCACAGUUGCUGUGACCAAGUUUAAAAUUCAAGGUGUGUUUGAAUGUUAACUCAUCUGUGGGUGACAAUUUUUUCUACAUGCAAAGCAAAGCAGUAGUUAGAAACUGUUGAAUUUGAGAGUGAGAGAAUUCUGUACAAGGAGAAGAGGUGGAUGGGGAUAGCAGGAUUUUAAAAUUCAGAGGUAGAAGAAACCUGGAACGUAGUUGCUUUGGUUGCAAACUGUACUUUACACUUGCAGAGUGCUACAUAAAGCUGUCCAAGAUACAGCAAUGAAAUAUGUAAGAACAUAACAUAUGUUACGUUUUCUCCUGGCACAUGGG